AUGGGCAUUCCGACCAAAGCAUAUCUUGUCGAGGAAGAGAGGGGUCCUUUCGUCCUGAAAGAUGUAGUCCUUGAUCAACUCGAGCCAGACGAAGUCCUCGUUGAGAUGAAGUACACCGGUUUAUGCCAUACGGAUCUGGUCGUCCAAGCAGGCAUCCUCCCAGUAGGGAGUUUCCCGGCCGUACUGGGCCACGAAGGGUGUGGUGUAAUCCGGCAAGUCGGGUCAAAAGUCAGCAACAAAGCCCUGAAAGAAGGUGACCAAGUCUUCCUCAGUUUCCGUACGUGCCGCGAAUGUACACCAUGUCUUGCCGGACACUGCGGCGCAUGCAUUCACAGCCAGGAACUCAGUUUUCUCCGCACGCGUCUGGACAAAACAAAGCCGUCGCCGAUUAGUUUACCGGAUGGGACACCUGUGCACGGGCAAUUCUUUGGACAGUCUUCACUUAGCAGGCUGGCCAUCGUUUCAGAGCGGUCAGUUGUAAAGUGUGAUGUCGAGUUUGAUAGCGAGGAGUUGGGGCCCCUAGCGCCAAUGGGAUGUGGCUAUCUAACUGGAGCUGGGACAGUUGUCAAUGUGCUAAAGCCAAGCUCGGCGUCAACGAUGUUGAUUACGGGGAUGGGUGCUGUAGGAGUUGCGGCGCUUUUGGCAGCUAGAGCGUUAGGUUUGACUCGGAUCGUGGCUGUUGAUAUUGUGGACGAAAAGUUACAGCUCGCGCUUGAACUAGGAGCCUCCCAUACGAUCAAUACGCUCAAAGGCCCAGACUCCGAUUUAGCAGCGACUAUCCGCAUGUAUUUCCCAGGCGGAGCAGACUAUAUCAUAGAUACGACAGGGGUAGGCAAGGUGCUGCAGGCGACGCUGCGAGCCUUGGCCGUUAACGGCACAUUUGCGCUCGUUGGUGCCAUGCCGCCAGACACAGAACUGAAGGUCAAUGCCCUUGAUGUGUUGACGGGAUGCAAGAAGAUCAUUGGAGUCAUUUUGGCUUGGUCGGAUCCACAGCAGAUCAUCCCCCAAUUGGUACAGUGGUACAAGGAAGGCAAAUUUCCUGUGCACAAGAUUGUGCGAAUCUAUCCGGCUACGGAGCUUGACAAAGCCCUCGAAGAUCUCAGAGCAGGACAGGUAAGGCGAAUUGUAGUUCGGGUAUGA